UCUCGACAGAACAGGAAGAGAUGUUAACUGGCCGCCUGCCAGGUAAAUAUUCCAGAGAGGAUGCUAGCUAUGCCCAUGUCUGACACGACAAAAGGAAAGCAACUCCUGAAUAACUGGAGCAAAGAUGAAACCACAUGCUUUAUCGGGGACAUUAAGUUUUAGGUAUCAGACUGAGAUCCUGUAGCCAUGGAUGGGCAUUCUCCCAAAAACAAUGAAAGCACUUUUCCCAGCUUCGUGGACCUGGAUGACUUUCUUACCAAGCACAACUCGAACUUCAUCUGGCUCCUUGUCGCCACCAUUCUGUCCUGUGGAUGGAUCAUCUAUUUAACUUAUUACAACUCCCGCAACAUUGGCCUCAUCCUCACCCUCAUCAUCAACAGACUGUACAAAGAUGGCUACAUUCAUAUUGGCUCGUUCUCCUUCUCUGUGCUGUCAGGUAAAGUCAUGUUCAGAGAUGUCUACUACAUCAACCAAGACAUGUCUAUCAGGAUACAGGAUGGCUUCCUCAUAUUUCGUUGGUGGAAAAUGUAUAACCCAAAACAGAAACAGCAUGACCCCAAGGCAGAGACCAGGCUUUACAUGACAGUCAACGGCUUUGAGUUUCACGUCUACAACCGCACCGACCUCUACGCCCGACUGCAGGAGACCUUCGGACUGGACCCCACACUCAUAACACCCAAAAAAGAUGACGAGAAGGGACGAGAGGACAGAAACGAGACACUAGAAAGUGUGAACAUCAAAGCAGAGAGUCCAGACCACACGUCAUCUUGGCGCUCCCUCAUUCCUGUCAUCAAAGUAAACAUCAGCACUGGUCGUUUGGCAUUUGGGAACCACCACCUCCCCCAAACUCUGUGUGUGAACUUUGAGGAUGCCUUCCUGACGUACACCACCAAGCCUCCAUCCAGCCACCUGGACCAGUACAUGCACAUUGUCAAAGGCUCGCUGGAGAAUGUGCGUGUCAUGUUGGUUCCUAGUCCACGCUACCUUGGCAUGCAGAAUGAUGAACCUCCCAGACUGAUGGGAGAAGGCUUUGUGGUCAUGCAGUCCAACGAUGUUGACAUCUACUAUUACCAGGAUGAACCCGGGCUGGUGCCUGUGGAGCAGGAGGAUGGGGAGGAGGCAGAGACGUGCAGUGAGGACGAUAAGCUUCAGGACCUGCCUCCAUGUUGGGGUCUCGACAUUGUCUGUGGAAAAGGAACCGACUUCAACUACGGCCCUUGGGCAGAUCGUCAGAGGGACUGUCUGUGGAAGUUCUUCCUGCCAGCAGACUACCAGGCCAUGAAAGUGACCGAGGUUGCCCAGCCAGGAAAACCCAGGCAGAUCCAAGCCUUUGAGCUCCGCAUGAACAUCAUUGCUGACGCCACCAUCGAUCUGCUUUUUACCAAAAACAGGGAAACCAAUGCCAUCCAUGUGAAUGUAGGUGCUGGCUCUUACCUGGAAGUCAACAUCCCCAUGACUGUAGGAGAGAACGGCUACUCUCCUACCAUCAAAGGCCAGUUGCUUCAUGUGGACACCACCAGCAGCAUGCAGUAUAGGACUCUUCUGGAGGCUGAGAUGCUGGCUUUUCAUGUCAUAGCCAGCUACCCUCGGGUGUGGAACAUGCCUCAGUCAUGGCAGUGUGAGAUUGAGGUGUACAAGGCCACCUACCACUUCAUCUACGCCCAGAAAAACUUCUUCACCGAUUUGAUCCAGGACUGGGCGAGUGACAGUGCACCAGACAUCUACUCCUUUGUGCCCUAUUCCUGGAAGUUCAAGAUCCUUUUCCACCAGUUUGAGAUGAUUUGGGCGGCAAACCAGCACAACUGGGUUGAUUGUUCUACCAAGCAGCAGGAGAAUGUGUACCUUGCAGCAUGCGGCGAGACGCUCACUAUAGAGUUCACUUUGCCUUUCAAUGAGUUUGUUCCAACCACCUGCCAUACCCGCUUCAGCUUGAACGCAGAGGAUACAGAUAUGCGGUUGUCCCUGCCAGAGUGCCACCCAAGCCGAUACCCCCUCCUCACCCUGGCCAAAGACUACCAGAACGUCAAGCUCCCCCCAGACAUGUUCAUGCCAGGGGAAAACCAAAGUGCACCCCCUCCCAAACCCACCAAGUCCCGCUGGAGGAACAUCACCCAUGCAGAAGCUGGCUGGGUGGAUUGCUGGAGUGUACCCAACUUCUUGCUCAUCAUUGACUACACCUGGCACCCCAUUUAUCCCCAGAGAGCUGAUGAACAACUCAAACAGUCGCUGUCUGAGAUGGAGGAAUCCAUUCUGUCAGCUCUGCGUCCCCCAGAGCACACCUCGAUCCACCACAACGCCCCACCCCGCUACACCUCCACUUCCACUUCAGCUGCCCACAGCCGCAUGCCCGCUGACCCCACAGAGCUCCCCCCUGACAGACUUCAUGUGGAGAUGGAUGUGUCCCCAAAUUCUCAAAUCAUCCUCUAUGGGCCUUUGCUCCGAGCACUGAUCUCCAUCAAGGAAAACUAUUUUGGUGAGGACGACAUGUACACAGACUUUGAGGAGGCAGUUUCCAGUCCCGUGCUGUCCACCUCCACCUCCUCGGGUCUUGGUUGGUCUCCUCUGGGGAUGGAGGACAGUGGUCAUAAGGAAAACUCAAACAUCCACCCCUUGGACCUGCGUCCCUGGGACAUCACCGUGCUCAUCAACCUCUACAAAGUCCACGGGCGACUGCCAAUGCACUGCAGCAGUGAGGGUCCCGAAGGUCCAUCCGGCUUUUUGGAGCGUCUGUGUUUUGAGAUGAAGAAGGGUUACAAGGAAACAAUGCUUCAGCUGCUCCUGUCUCCCAUUCACAUCUUCAUCAGUGACAACUACCAGCGUCCCACAGCGGACGGGGUGUUGAGGGACGGACACCUGAGUCUGUCUGGCCUGCAGAUGAGGGCCCAUGCUAUGUUCUCCGCUCAGGGCCUCCCAGUGGGCACUGACACGUUGGAGUACGCCUGGCUCAUUGACAUGCAGGCUGGGGGGCUCACCGGCAGGGUCACUCUUCCACAGGUGGCCAGUAUGAUAGAGUGGGGUGAGAACUUCCUUUUCCAUGGGGUUUCCCGAGAGUUCCAGCUAGAACAACCCAAGCCCUCUGUCAUCUGCCAGCAUGGCCUUGACCGUCGCAUCUGCGAUGCCAAGGUACAAACAGGCAGUAAAACAACUAACAUUCGCGUAGCCAACUGCAACCUGCAUAACCAGGCAGUGGGAGAAGGCAUCAGCGCUGUGGUGCAGGACGUAAACAUCCGGCAGUACAUUGAGCAGCAGCAGCACAGCGAGGCGACAAGGCUGCAGCCGGCCGGACAGGGUCAAGGUCCGGGUCAGCCGCUGGGUCUCGGUCAGCCCCCUUUGCUGCGACGCUCUGUCUGGCUGGAGGCGGGUUCAGUCAACCUGAACCUCAUCACAGCAGACAUUGCCCUGGCCGCUGACCACCCAGCCAAAUGUGAAGUCCAGAGGCAUUUUCUGGAGCAACACGAUGCACAGAGCAAAAGACUCUGGUUCCUUUGGCCAGAAGAGGCUGGCAUUCGCAACAAGCGCGGCAGGAACCGCUGCGGCUGCCUCGGAGGCUGCAGGUUCUUUGGAGGUACCAACAUGGGCCUGGACUUCUUCAAGCUUGAGGAGCUCACACCUUCAUCCUCGUCUGCGUUCUCUUCUUCCUGCACAGAGGCAGACAUGUCUUAUGGCCAGUCUUUGCUACAGCCAGGGGAGUGGAUUAUUACCAAGGAAACGCCCAAAGUGGAUGGGAGAGUUGUCGGACUGAAGACGGGCACACACUCGCCCUGCCUGCCUCCUGAGCUGCCUGUGAGACGUGGUCAGCACCUCCUUAGUCUCCAGGUGCCCCAACGCUCUCACAGCUCCGCCUCUUCCUCUGAAGAAAAUAGUUGCUCUAGUGCCGCGUUGCCCCUGCUGGCAGGAGAGAGAGACUCUCCCUCGCCAAGCACAGAGGAACGCAUGUUCCCCGUGAACGGCAAAAGCCCCGCUGACACCCUAGGGGAGGUUCCAGAGGUUUCGCCGGUCUCACCCAACAGCUCCCAGGGGCGCUCCUCAGUGCGCUCACCCCUUUGCUCUCCUCUCAAGCGCCAGUCCUCCGUACACUCAGGUCGACUGGGCAGCACCAAGAGCCUGUCAGCUGCCGUCUUCGCCGACAAGCCUCCACCAGUCCUGUCUGGAGGCGUCCAGUUCAGCAGCGAGGUUUCCCGCAGCGAUGAGAACGUCCUGGAUUCGCCACGCCAGCGUAGGAGCUACGGCUCAUUUCCCUUCACGCCUUCAGCGGACUCCAACACCUUCCACCAGUACCGCUCUGCCGACUCCAGCAUGUCUGUGGCCGACAGCGAGGCUUACUUCUCUGCUGCCGAGGACUUUGAGCCAAUAAGCAGUGCUGAUGAGGGUCCAGGAACGUACCCCGGUCGCAAGAAGAAGAGGAGGCAGCAGAUGCAGCAGCCGCAGCAGCCCCCGUAUCACAUGGAAAACUACAGCCGGAGUUCCAUCUACCACAGUGUUGAGGGACCCCUCACCUAUGUUCUUAAUGGUGAGCUGAUCACUGAGCCACGUCCCCUGCCCAUGCCCCCAAUGCUGCCCCCACUGCCACCCCAGCCCUUGCCCAGCCACACAUCCCAGGCCUCCUUCGUCUCAGCCCUGGUAAUGGAAGAAGAGAGCUCAGUGGAGGCAGAGAAGACGGCUGAACCUGGCCCCGUGACCCGCCAGCCACACGUCAUGGCGUGCUAUCAGAGCUACUUAGCCCACUACCAGGUCUCAAAUUGGUCUGUCAAGCAGCCCACCAAUAAGAGGACCUCCAAGUCUUCUCUGCACCGCCCCUUAGAUUUGGACACACCCACCAGUGAGGAGAGUGCUGCUUCUUUCGACCAGCUCUCUGUUCCCAGCUUUAAGGUGAUGAAGCAGGGCCUAUCAGCCAGCUCUCUAUUUGACAGAGGACUUCAGCUGAUGGGAGAGAACAACAGUACACCAUACACCCCACUUGAUAAGAGGGCCAUGGAGAACACAGAUGAGGACACAACGACAGAUGACUGGACUCUGGAGCAGCCCUUAGCUCAGACCAGGACCACUGCCAUCGUGGAGGUGAAGGGAGCAGUCAAUGUGGUGCUCACACCCCUUGUGGCUGAAUCCCUGGACAGGUACAUUGAAUCCAUGGUCCACUUCGCCAGUAUUCGUCAUCCUGCAGCCAUUCUGGAUGACCUGCAUGGGAAAGUCCUCAAUGAAGCCUAUCAGAUCAGCAAGUCCACAGUCACGGAGUCCAGCCAAACAGGCAAGCAAGAGCACAAGCUGUCAAAGACCGAGGGCACAACCCCUGGCUCCCUCAACAUCACCCCUGGCCAGACGAACCUGUCCGUCAAACCUGAUAAUGUGAAAAUCAAGGGCCUCCAAGCCAAUGUCUCCAUCCCCAAAGUGAACCUUUGCCUCCUGCAGGCUUCUGUAGAGGAGGGGUCACCGUCAUGCUCCAAUAAGUGUGUCACACAUGUGUCUCUGGUGGCGCUGUGCUUUGACAGGAUUGCCACCCAGUUCAGAAUGAACAGGGGUAUUGUAGAGGAGACACCCAACACCACGGAACAUGGCCGACCAUCAGUCAUGUUGGAGAAGUACGCCUCAGCCACCAAGAUGCAGCCUCAGUCUUCGGGCUCGCUGCGCUCCAACGCCGGCAUCGAGAAAGGAAAAGAGAUCGCCGCCAGGUUGAAUGUUCACCGUAUUCACAGCCAGCUGCGAGGCCUCGACUCCACAGACAUUGGCACAUGUGCAAUCACAGCAAUCCCGUUUGAAAAGUCCAAAGUGCUGUUUGGCCUGGAGGAAAUGGAGGAGUUUUCAAUGGUGGAUGAAACCGAAGCCCAGGCCACAGCAGGCGAUCUUGGCCGCUCCGCAACAUCUCUUGAGAAAUGGGGCUGGAUUAUGUUUGAAUGUGGCAUCGAGAACCUCACUGUCAAAGGGGGCCGCCAGUCAGGAGCCAUUCUUUACAAUUCAUUUGGUGUGAUGGGACGCUCAGACACUGGGGGGAAGACGGGUAUGUCUAAGUGCAAUGGUUCAACAGGCUCUCAGACCGGCAGUGGUUACAGCACCGACGUCUCUGAUGACAACCUGCCACAUGAUGCUAUCAGCCCGGCCUCUGAUGCCAAUGAUAACUCGGACUCAGACGACCAGGAUGAAGGAGUGGAGUCGGACGACCUGAAGAAAGACCUGCCCCUCAUGCCCCCGCCACCGGAUUCCAGCAGCAUGAAGCUGACCAUAAGGGAGAUCUGGUUCAGUUUUGCUGCUCCCACAAAUGUGCGUUCACCUUCACAGGCCAUCUCCAGGCAGUUGAAUCUGCUCAGCACAGCCACCCCUGCCAUUGGAGCCUGGUUGGUUCCCAUUGACCAGCUGAAAUCUUCUCUACGCAAGCUGGACAUGGAGGGCACACUGCGCGUGUGCGCUGUUAUGGGCUGCAUCAUGACCGAAGCUCUUGAGAAAAAGAGCAUCCACAUCCCCAUCCGGAGCAAGUAUAACCGUGUGACUAAAAGAGCUCGCUACCUGCACGAGAAUCCCUCCUGUAUGCUUUGCAACAUCCUUCACCGCUACCUGCAGCAGGCUGACUACUCUGUCAUUGAGGAGGCUACCAUGAAUGAUGGUGUUCCAGCCCUUGUGACUCUAAAAAAGGGUCUGGUUGCUUUGGCCAGACAAUGGAUGAAAUUUAUCGUGGUCACUCAGGGCUUCAAAGCAAUUGGUCUGAUGAGGCCCAAUCAGCUUGUCAAACCCAAGGAGCCUCAGCAGAGCCUGGGCGAGACCAUCUUGGGCUUGGACAACGGUGCUGUGCUGCAAAGUGACACCAGCGCCGAUGGAGCUGAAUUUGAAUUUGACGCAGCCACAGUGAGUGAACACACCAUGUUGCUGGAGGGAGCAAGCAGUCGUCCCCCACCAAAAGAAGCAAACUCUGGUCCUGUCAGCGGAGUGGAGAUCAUGAGGAAACUGUCCAAGUCCCAUACACACAACGAGUCUGCACUUAGGAUAAAGGGCUCCCAUCCAUACCAGUCGCUAAGCUACACCAGCGGUGACACAGCAGCUGACUCACCAGCCCAUGUGAGCCGUGUUGGCCUGCCUGCUAAGGACAGCCCCAGGAAGGAGAGCCUCCUGAGUAAUCUGACAGGCAGCUUUCGGAGUCUGCACAAUCUGCUCGAGGGCAUGCCUCAGAGGAACGAACCGUCUGCCGCUGCCGCAGCCAAGAGCAGCUCCCUCACUCGCACAGGAAACAGUUUAGGGACAGACAUGCUGACCGAGCACCCACUGCUGUCAGAGCCCUCCUCCGUCAGCUUUUACAACUGGAUGUCCAAUGCUGUUGGAAACAGGACGGGGGCUGUCACCCAGGACACCCCAGUUAAUCGCUCCCAGCACAACAGCCUGCAGACAGGUGGGGUGUGUAACCUGCCUACAAUCCCCUCAGCAUCAGACUUCAACACAGUGCUGUCCAGUGACCAGAACACCCUGGAUGGGACCCACUCUCAGCACUCCCAGCACAGCACCAGCCAGGACGAAAUGGCCGACAUUGAAGAGGGCAACCAGUGCCCAGCUGCUGUUCAACUGGCUGAUGCUCAGGUUGUUUUCAAGCCUUUGCUGAACUACACAGGCAUCCAGGCCCAAGACGCCACUCCUCUUAGUUACAAGAUGUAUUUUGGAGAGCACCUGUCUUUUUCUGGCAACCUUGAGUGUCUCAGAGCAGACAUUGUGGACUCUGACACCUCCAAAGAGCGGAAAAACAAAAGAUCCAGGAGGCAAGGCAUGGUGAACCUUCCUCCGCUGGAGUUCAAGCCAGCGCUGCUGAUUGAGACGUUCAGUCUGAAUGCGGUGGUGAUGGAGAAAUCUGCCAGCGCUCCGCAGGGCCCCACUGCCGCGCCGCUGUCCUUCCACGACCUCAACCGCCGCCACUACAACACAUUCCACUGUGAUUUCACCACAGCCUGUCAGGCCAUCAGCCAGCGGGUCGACAUGGCCCUGGUGCGCCUCAUCCACCAGUUCAGCACCAUGAUUGACGACAUCAAGGCCACGCAGACCGAUAUCAAGCUGAGCCGCUACACUGCCGGCUCUGCCUCCCCGACGCCCACCUUCAAGGCCCGGCCAUACCGCCACUUCAGGUCCUCUGACUUCAGCCGCAGCUCCCGCGGCAGCCUCAACGGGGCGGGGCGCAGCGGAACCCAAACACUGAAGAGCAAGAGAGGGGUUGUUGGAGGAGGAGCAGGCGUUGCUGGGGGUUUACCACCUAAUGGGCCUCCAUCAGGCAUGGACACGCUGGGGAGAAGGGAGCCACGAGGACGAAGCUCCCUCGGACGUUCAGAGCGACGCACCUCGAAGGUGUCGAGAAAGGGCUCCCGUGACGUGGCUGACCACAUGGCCAUCCAGAUGGACGACUCCGACUCCAUCACCGUGUCAGAGCAGAGCGAGCCGUCAGCAGAAUGUUGGCAGAACAUGUACAAGCUGCUCAACUUCUACUCCCUCAUCUCCGAUCCCACCGGCAUCCUAGAGAAAAGCUCCCCAGAGAACUGCCUUUCAGAAGGUGGCCGUCGGCCCUCAGAGCCGUUCUGUAAAGUGAUCUUUGAGAACGAGCAGCAGGAACCCAACACGCCCAACAAGCCCCCUGGCGCAGGUGGGCGGCGGCGUAGCCUGGUGAGCUCCGAGCCCCAGCAUGUCACACUCAUAGUGUUCGGCAUCGGUAUGGUGAACCGCACCCACCUGGAGGCUGACAUCGGCGGGCUGACCAUGGAGGCAGAGCUGAAGAAGAUCCAUGGGAGUUUCACUCUUAAGGAGAAGAUGAAAGAUAUUCUGCACCAGAAAAUGACUGAGACGUGUGCAUCGGCUCACAUAGGAGGGGUAAACAUUGUUCUGCUGGAAGGCAUAACUCCUGACAUCCAACUGGAGGAUUUCCCAACAUCUCCCACCAGCACAGCUAAACAAGAGUUUCUAACGGUGGUCAAAUGUAACAUUGCCAAGUCCCAGGCCUUGUACAGUGCCCAGCGAGGAUUGAAGACCAACAACGCAGCUGUCUUCAAAGUGGGGGCCAUCAUGAUCAAUAUCCCCCAGCACCCGGCUACUUUGCACAGCAUGAUGGUCCGCAGCUCCCACCAGCUCUCCAAACAAAUCUCUGACCUCAUUCGCCAGCCCUCCAAUAUUCAACCUCCUAAUAGGGAGGACACACCUACCCCGCAACCCUCUGAAAAAGCAUCCAGCAUCAAUCAGACCCCCAUAGAAGCCAACGAGUUCCCUCAGCUCCCCGAAGGCCUGGAGAAGAAGCCCAUCGUCCUCAAGUUCAGCGCCAUGAUGGAUGGCAUCACCAUCGGGGCUGCCCUGCUGCCCUCACUUAAAGCAGAGUACAAAAUGGGUCGCAUGAAGAGCCAUGGCAUGACAGGGGCACAAACCAGUUUCACCUUUGAGUUGCCAAGCCACAAGCUUUGCUUCCAGUCCAAAGUGUCCCCAGUGGACAUGUCCACCAUGCCGCCAUCAGCCAGCCUCACCUUGCCUCCAGUCACCAUGUCAGGAGAGUACAUCAUGGAGGACCACGAGAGCCACUCAGACCAGGGCUGGGCACCUGACGACUUCCCUGCAAAGCAAGGAAACUACCUCCAAGGCAACUACCUGCGCUGUGUAGCCGAGAUUGGUUCAUUUGAGCACAACCUGACCACAGACCUGCUCAACCACCUGGUCUUCCUGCAGAAGGUUUUCAUGAAGGAAGUCAACGAGGUCAUUCAGAAGGUCUCAGGAGGAGAACAACCCAUCCCACUGUGGAAUGAGUAUGACACCUCAACAGAUGCAGACAAGCCAAAAAUCCUGCUUUAUUCUCUCAGCCUCAUGUUCAAGGGAAUCCAGAUGACCGCCACCACUCCUUCUAUGCGAGCUGUGCGCUUUGAGACAGGUCUCAUUGAGCUGGAGCUAUCCAACAGGAUCCAGUGCAAGACUCAGCCCGGUGGCAGCAGCAGUUACCUAAAACUGUUUGGCAAAUGUCAAGUAGAUCUCCACCUGGCUCUUGGACAGAUAGUCAAGCACCAGGUGUAUGAAGAAGCUGGCUCAGACUUCCACCAGGUGGCGUACUUUCGAACCCGGAUCGGUCUGCGAAAUGCUCUGCAGGAGGAGAUCAGUGGCUCCUCCGACAAGGAGGCCGUCCUCAUCACUCUCAACAGGCCGAUUGUUUUUGCCCAGCCAGUAGCAUUUGACAGAGCUGUGCUCUUCUGGCUGAACUACAAGGCAGCGUAUGAUAACUGGAACGAGCAGCGCUUGGCCCUCAACAAGGACAUCCACAUGGCCACUAAAGAGGUGGUGGACAAGCUGCCAGGCAUCCAGCAGACCUCAGCCCAGGCCUUCAGCACCCUCUUCCUGCAACUGACUGUCAACGACCUGGGCAUCUGCCUACCUAUCACCACCACAUCCCAGAGAGGACAAGUACCAGUUACGGAGGGCAUCAACUCUGAAGCUGGGGCCAGCACAUCAGUAGGCCGGCCUAAUAAUGCACGAAAAGUAACCUACAAUUUAUUACAUCUCUUGUGGUGGCUUGUUGUGGGACAAGGAAAUAUUUCCCACAAUCCUACAAUUAAACACAAUCUAAACAAACUGAGAAGAUAUGUGAUUAAGGACCCAACUUCAGUAGGUAGAAGCUGCUCUUCUUAUGUAACUUUCAAUUCUCCCAGCUCCUCUAAAAUAAUGACUGGCUGUUUCCUGUGUGUCUCUGUGUUUGAUCUGUAUACAGGUGUGGUACCUGAUGGUACAUAUGAAGUAUGUUCCAGGACUAUAGGGCAACCUUCUGCUGAGAGCAGUAGUGCCGGAACCUGGAAUCUGAAUGUGCUUUGGAAAAUGUGUGGUAUCGAUGUUCACAUGGAUCCUAACAUUGGCAAGCGCCUCAAUGCGCUGGGUAACACACUGACAUCACUGACAGGCGAGGAGGACGUGGAUGACAUCGCUGACCUGAACUCUAUCAACAUGGCCGACCUAUCAGAUGAGGACGAAGCCGACUCCAUGUCACCUACCAUCCACACGGAGACUAUUGACCCCAGGAGGCAGGCUGCGAUGGGUAACCAAGUGACUGACCCUCGUAGGGGGAAAUUCACCAAAAGGGUGGUCGACAUCAGAGAGCUGAAUGAACAGGCCAAAGUCAUCGACGACCUAAAGAAAUUGGGGGCCAGUGAAGGCACCAUCAACCAGGAGAUCCAGCGCUAUCAGCAGCUGGAGUCUGUGGCCGUCAACGACAUCAGGAGAGACGUCAGAAAGAAACUGCGUCGCUCCAGCAUGAGGGCGGCCUCUCUGAAGGAUAAGUGGGGCCUUGGCUACAAGCCAAGCUACAAUCGUUCCAAAAGCAUCUCAGCGGCCGCAGGCCGUCCCCCUCUGAAAAGGAUGGACAGACAGAGUUCCAGAAUAGGGGAUGUGGAUGACCUACCAGAUAUGCGUGUGGAUGCGCCCUCUCCUGGACCCCGGGUCACCUUUAACAUCCAGGACACGUUUCCUGAGGAGACAGAGGUGGACCUGUGUUCAGUCACCAUUGAUGAGCCAUCCCACCCUCAUCAUCACCUUCAUCUUCAUUAUCUAUCCGUUAUCGAGGGCCAGCACUCAGUUUUCAGUGCCCCUGGCACCCCUGCUGUCUUCUCACCCACACUUCCCUUCCAGCACGACGACAUACGGCGUGAUGACUUGUCCUCUUCCUCCUCCGAAGACUCCGAAAAGGAGGACGAAUUUGAGCGGGAGAGAGUGUCGAGCUAUCGAAGGCCUUUCCAAGCAUCUCACAGAAAGCCCUCAGGGUUUUCUGCGGUGAGUCAACUGUUCAGCGAGCGCUGGCCGAGCACACCUGCCAACCGCAGCUUUAGUGGCCCAGCAACUGAAAGAAACAUUGACUUUGAGCUGGACGUCCGUGUGGAGAUCGACAGCGGGAAGUGUGUCCUUCACCCCACUACUCAGCAACCAGAGCAUGAGGACAAUCCCCUCAGGAGGAGCUGCGAGCGCAGCCUCCGGAGUCUUGACCAGGAGUCUCCCCCCAAGAAGAAGAAGCUGCAGACCACCUACACCUCCACCACACAUCUCCUUGCUGGCAAGAAAUGCCCCUCCUCCCUGCAGACCAAAUCCAAUGACAUGGAGACCACAGUCUUUUACAUCCCAGGAGUAGACGUCAAGUUGCAUUACAACUCCAAGACACUGAAGACUGAGUCACCCAAUGCCUCGCGUGGAUCCUCUCUCCCUCGCACUCUCUCCAAAGAAUCAAAGCUGUAUGGUAUGAAAGAUAGCGACCCUCCCAACCUACCCAAUGCAGUCCAAAGCAAGACUAGCUCGCUCCUUCCUCCCCCGCCCCCACCUAUUCCAUCAGCCAAAGGUAAGGGCAGUGGCGGGGUAAAGAUGGCUAAGCUGUACGCCUGGGUGGCCCUCCAGACUCUGCCAGAAGAAAUGGUCAUCAGCCCCUGUCUACUGGACUUCCUGGAAAAAGCAUUGGAGACCAUUCCUAUAACUCCAGUGGAAAGAAGUUAUGCAGCUGUGGCUACCCAGGAGGAGGACAUGGCCCAGUUUGAUACAGUGGAGCAGUUGGAGGAAUCCACCACCUCUCUGGUUUCCUCUUCCACAUCGGCCUACUCCUCCUUCCCUGUGGAUGUGGUUGUCUACGUCAGAGUUCAGCCGUCUCAGAUUCGCUUCAGCUGCCUGCCGAUGUCCAGGGUGGAGUGUAUGCUCAAACUGCCCUCUUUAGACCUGGUCUUCUCUUCUAACCGUGGAGAGCUGGAGACCCCGACAGGAACCAACCCCACUGACGGACCUCACCCCACCUCCUCCACUCCACCAGGGCAACAUAUCCCCAAACCACCUCCCAGCAAAGCGUCUCCGUUGCUGGGGAGCCCUCUGGGCAGGAGUCGCCACAGCAGCAGCCAGUCGGACCUCACCGGCCCCCCCAUUAACUCCUCAGGUCUCAGCUUCACUGCCUGCAUGUCAGACUUUUCCCUCUAUGUCUUCCACCCCUACGGCGCCGGGAAGCAGAAAUCUACUGUUACAGGCCUGGCUCCGGGCCCAGGGCCAUUAGGUACAGUGGACGAGGAGCCUUCUUCAGUAACAGGAAGAAAAGAUUCUCUGAGUAUUAACCUGGAGUUUGUGAAGGUCAGCUUAUCCAGGAUGAGGCGCACUGGAGGGCCCACCUUCAUUGAAAGCUUCAUUCCUGCCAAAGGUGGCAAAAUGGACACAACCCUCAUCAACAUCUCAGCUGUGUGUGACAUUGGCUCGGCUUCCUUCAAGUACGAUAUGAGGCGACUGAGUGAGAUCCUGGCCUUCCCGAGAGCAUGGUACCGCCGAAGUAUUGCAAGGCGUCUCUUCCUGGGAGACCAGACUAUCAACCUGCCAGCUUCUGGCCCCGCCACCCCGGACUCGGUCGAAAAUGUCACCCAGCAUCUGUCCCCCGAGUCCAGCCGGAAAGCCUACUGGAGGACUUGGGACGGCAGCACCGGCACACAGCACAUGCCCCAAUCCCCUAACGUCUUUUCAGAGCACUCCACUGGAAGCAACAUGUCCCCGGGCGGCCUGGGCCACCUCAAGUCCCCUGCACCUGGACGCACCAGGAGCGUGUCUGAUUCCUCUGCUCCUCGGAGAGACUCUGUGACCAAAACAUCCACCCCUUCCUUCAGUAAGAAUGGUAAAGCAGCAGGUCAGCAGGGGGCGCCAUGGGAGACGUUGGUGGUGUUCGCCAUCAACUUGAAACAGCUCACCGUCCAAAUGAACAUGAGCAACGUCAUGGGAAACAAUACCUGGACGACCAGCGGGCUGAAGAGUCAGGGCCGACUGUCUGUAGGCAGCAACCGGGACCGGGAGAUCAGCAUGUCUGUCGGCCUCGGACGCUCCAAGCUCGACUCCAAAGGCGGGGUGGUGGGUGGCAAUAUAGACGUGAACACCCUGGAGAUGGUCUCCCACAUCUCGGAACACCCCAACCAGCAGCCCAGCCAUAAGAUCCAGAUCACCAUGGGGUCGACAGAGGCGCGUGUGGACUACAUGGGCUCCAGCAUCCUGAUGGGAGUUUUCAGCAAUGCUGACCUGCAGCUGCAGGACGAAUGGAAAGUCAACCUGUGCACCGUCGACGCCAACCUGUCAGAGAAAAGUGAAAUCUUUGUCCAUGGAGACUUGCAGUGGGACAUUUUCCAGGUGAUCAUUUCACGCUCCACCACACCAGACCUCAUCAAGAUUGGCAUGAAGCUGCAGGAGUUUUUCACUCAGCAGUUUGACACUAGCAAGCGAGCCCUCUCCACCUGGGGGCCUGGUCCCUACCUGCCCCCCAAAACCCCCGUCAUCAACGCUGAGAAAGGAUCUGCAGAGCUUUACAUGGAUGCGGCCCAUCACCGCCACUGGCCCGGGGUGCUGAAGGUAAUCGCUGGCUGCCACAUCUCCCUCUUCCAGAUGCCUCUGCCUGAGGACGCCGUUCAGCUCGGCGGUUCAAUGAGCCUCCAUGGCAAUCACAUGACGCUGGCGUGCUUCCACGGGCCCAACUUCCGCUCCAAGUCGUGGGCUCUAUUCCACCUGGAAGAACCCAACAUCGCCUUCUGGACUGAGGCACAGAAGAUCUGGGAGGAUGGCUCCAAAGAUGAUUCGACCUACAUUGUUCAGACACUGGAUUUCCAUCUUGGUCAUAACACUAUGGUGACCAAACCCUGUGGUGCACUCGAAAGUCCAAUGGCCACCAUAACCAAAAUAACCCGCCGGCGGCAUGAAAACCCCCCGCAUGGAGUCGCAACAGUCAAAGAAUGGUUCAACUAUGUCACUGCCAUGAGGAACGAAGAGUUGAACUUGCUCAGGAAUGUGGAAGCCAACAACCAAGAGAGCGGAGCGGCUGCCAAAAGCUCGAGUCUGCUGAGCAGCUUCCGCAGCUCCUCCAGCUACAACCAUGAAACAGAGACCAUCUUUGCUCUUCCCAGAAUGCAACUGGACUUUAAGUCCAUCCACGUACAAGAUCCUGAUGAACCUACUCUAACAGAAGCCAACAGCAAGCCCAAAGUGGAGUGCAGCGUUGUGACAGAAUUCACAGACCACAUCUGUGUCACCAUGGACGCCGAGCUCAUCAUGUUUCUUCAUGACCUGGUGUCUGCCUACCUGAAAGAGAAGGAGAAAGCCCUUUUUGCCCCGCGGAUGUUCGCGGCUCGGCCAGGCCAGAAGAGCCCCACAGCCCUGCACGAUGAAGGCUCCACAGACAAGGACAAAGAUGACAGCAUCAACUACACCACGGUGGACUGGAGGGAGUUCAUGUGCAACACCUGGCACUUGGAGCCGACUCUCAGGCUUAUCUCCUGGACAGGACGUAAGAUUGACCCAGUGGGUGUGGACUACAUCUUGCAAAAACUGGGCUUCCACCAUGCCCGGACAACGAUUCCCAAGUGGCUGCAGAGGGGCGUGAUGGACCCAUUGGACAAGGUGCUGUCAGUGCUUAUCAAGAAGCUGGGCACCGCUCUGCAGGACGAGAAGGACAAGAAAGGCAGAGACAAAGAGGAACACUGAGAAACACUCGUACCACUGUAAUGAAAGCUGUGCAUACCUUCCUGCAGGACACAAACACUGGAUUACUGUAUUACAACGGCCACUACUGUACAACACAUUUGUCCAAUGUACCCGUUUUACCUGCUACAGCCUGUGAAUUUCAGCAUGGUUGUUUACUGUGGUUCAUGCCACUUGCAGCUCUGACUGAAGCGUUUUGCACCAAUGUUGUUUUCUGUAUAUUUUGAUCAAAGUAGCAAUUUUUAGAAGUAUUUGACUGCUUUAAUCGUAAAAAAAAAAAAAUUGCCUCUUUUACCUGUUGUAAAUGACCUUACUGAAAUCGCUUGAAAGUUUAUUUUAAGACUUACCAAUAUUUCAUGAGAAAUGAUUUCUUAUACCAUUGCCUUUUCUUUGUUUCCCAUGGAACACAUGGUAGAUAUGCUUUAUGUAUUUUAUAGUGUAGCUUUAAGAUAUUUAAGAACAUUUCAGUGACAGUGUUGUUGAUUUUUUUUUUUUUUUUUUUGAUGUGAACAAAUAAAUACUGGGAGGUUACGGCACAUCAUCCACUCAGUUAUGAGGAUAACAUGAACUUGUAAUUUUAAUUUGAACCAAGAUCACUAUUUAUGGGUACAAGGAAUGCAAAGUCUAUAACAUGUAUUAGCUUGGUGUGUCAAGCUUAUUUUUAUUUUAGUUUUUUUAAAUCCAUACUGCAGAACCAGUGUAUAUAAUACAAUUUCUUAAACAUGUUGAUUUCCUAACUUAAUAAAAAUAUUGCCAUUCAAUUUUA